UUUCUAGUUUAAUCCCACAUCUAUAAAGUGGGAAGGGCAGAGGAGGACUAAGCGCAUCUAAAAAUCAAAACCACCACUGCACCAUAGUUGAGUAGUGUGGGUUUACAUUUGCUGGAGAAUUUGUGUUCUAAAUUAAAUAUGAGUUUUCAACAUCGACCUCGCACUUUCACUACCACUGCCACUGCCACUGCCGAUAACGUCGUCUUCACCGAUUUCUCUGACAUCUUCGGGAACCCGCGUCGUCUCAAGGUUCGACCAAUCGAAAGGAAUCUACUUAUUAGUCUAGAGGAUCUUUACUCUGGUUCCAAACGGAAGCUGAAAAUCUCUAGAACCGUUCUUGAUGCUCAUGGUAAGCCAACAACUGUGGAGGAGAUCUUGAUGUUAGAUAUCAAGGCUGGGUGGAAGAAGGGAACAAAGAUAACUUUUGAGGAGAAGGGUAACCAAGAUCCAGGAACCAUUGCAGGAGAUUUGAUUUUCGUGGUUGAUGAGAAACCUCAUGCAGUAUACACAAGGGAUGGGAAUGAUCUGUUGGUGAAGCAGACGAUAUCACUCUUGGAUGCACUCACUGGGAAGACACUCACUUUGACAACGCUGGAUGGGAGGAACCUUACAAUCCCAGUCACAAAUGUUGUGAAACCAGGGGAUGGGAUGGUGAUAUCAAAUGAGGGAAUGCCUAUCUCAAAAGAAUUUGGGAAGAAGGGUGAUCUGAGAAUCCAAUUUGAUGUUGAAUUCCCAUCUAGGCUCACUGAAGAACAGAAAUCUGUUCUGAGGAGGGGGUUGGGAAGGAGUUGAUUACUAUGAAUUAAAAGACUUUUUAACAUAUGGCAGUACCAUUUAGGUCCAAAUAUGUUAUGUUAUGUUAUGUUUUUUUUUUUUUUGGUGAAAUAUGUUAUGUUUGAGUGAAAGGAAAAGGUGUGAAUAGUAGGAUUUAGCUGCAUGAACUUUGAUUUCUAUAAUCGUAAAAAUAAUUGUUGGGCUCUUUAUUUUUUUUACUAAAA